UUGCACCUGGUGGGUAGACAUGCAGCCACACUUUCCAGAGUAGCUGGGAAAAAGCCAGAGGAUCCAAAAACCCACACACAGAAGCAGAGAGCUUUGUAGAGGACGCAGUGGAAUCCUCGGUGGAUGGGAUGGUAUCUGCAGCUCCCCAGUGGGAAGGUGAAGUCCUCUGCCUGGGAGUGGUUGUCCCUUGGACAUCACAACCCAUGUGAGCAUCUAUUCAGAACUUCCUGACUCUGGCACCUGCGAGGACACCUGGGCCACAGCUGGGCAGACAGUCACCCCGAGGAGCCCAGCGGGAAGUUGGAGACUGAGGCAGGCAUGAAUUAUCCCACCCAAUGCUGAUACUUUGUUUUAUGAAGACUUUAUCAGUUCCUGCCCAGAGGCGGCUCCUUGAACAGGAUCCGAGCUUCUUCACCAUGGGGAUGUGGUCCAUUGGCGCCGGGGCCCUGGGGGCGGCUGCCUUGGCACUGUUCCUGGCCAACACGGACGUGUUUCUGCCCAAGUCCCGGAGAGCGACGCUGGAGUAUCUGGAGGACAUAGACCUGAAAACGCUGGAGAAGGAACCAAGGACUUUCAAAGCAAAGGAGCUCUGGGAAAAGAACGGAGCGGUGAUUAUGGCUGUACGCAGGCCAGGCUGCUUCCUCUGUCGAGAGGAGGCUGCUGACCUGUCCUCCCUGAAGCCCAAGUUGGACGAGCUGGGAGUCCCCCUGUACGCAGUGGUGAAGGAGCAGAUCAGGACUGAAGUGAAGGACUUCCAGCCUUACUUCAAAGGAGAAAUCUUCCUGGACGAAAAGAAAAAGUUCUAUGGUCCCCAAAAGCGGAAGAUGGUGUUCAUGGGAUUUGUCCGUCUGGGUGUCUGGUACAACUUCUUCCGGGCCUGGAACGGAGGCUUCUCUGGAAACCUGGAAGGCGAAGGCUUCAUCCUUGGGGGAGUUUUUGUGGUGGGGCCAGGAAAGCAGGGCCUUCUUCUUGAGCACCGAGAAAAAGAAUUUGGAGACAAAGUAAACCUGGCUUCUGUUCUGGAAGCUGCUAGGAAGAUCCAACCACAGACUUCGGCCUCAGAGACAAAGUGAUUGUAUGAAAUUGCCCAGCUCAGGGAUAACUAGGGGCACUCACCUGUGUCAUGGGAUGUGUUAUGGCUCUACUCACGUCCCUAGAGAGUUAGAAACCCACUCAUGCCAUGUUCUCAGUAGAGAUCAUUAAUGUAUUUUACUAUUGUGCUCCGUUUAGGCCCAAUAAGGCAAAACAGCCCCCAAACAGGAUUGAUAAAAAUCCAAGAAACCAGUGAGAGUUACUUCAGCUGAAACCUGGAAAAUACGAGGCUUACUGUUGACUGCUGCCCCUCCUUACAAAUGUACCUGGCAUGUGAGUGCUGUUAUUUACAUGGUUUUCAUUUUCAUGUCUUCAAAAUUCUAAGAAAAGUUGAUUGACUGAAAGAUUCAGGAUACAAAGGCGUCGGGCUUGUGUGUUCUCCAUUAAUGACCUGUUAUACGCCAUUAAAGUAAUACUCAUAUAAAGGAAUUGAAGUGCUCUGAGUGGCUUGAUAAAAGUAAAUUAUAAAGUGAAAUCUAUGUUUUUCAUUGUCUUCCGUUCUAACCUCAGAGGUUUGUUUUUCUAGAAGAAAUGAUCAUCUCUGGCUCUAAUAAAAUUACCUAUCAGAAAUUGCCUGUAAUACAAGUCUUUCUGAUAAACCUAACAAUAAAAUUAUUCACUGUCA